AUGUCAACCUCUCCCUCCCCUUUUGCCCUUUUGGCGGGGCGUUUAAAUUUCCAAGACAAUGAUUUAUAUUACGUCAGCAGGGGAUCCGCAAACACUGCAAACUUGGAUGGAAGCUCGGACCAUCCCAUGUUUGACGCCUUACGUCAUAAUGGAAAACCUAAAAUCCAAAACAGAAAAGACCUUAUUUUCAUGUCUGCUUUGUCCGACUUCACAGCAAUCCACGUCAGUUGGAACGAAUAUCGUCAUGCUAGCCUCCAAUGCCUCUCAGAAAUUACCGUAACCCUUUCCUCUCCGGAAGAUAAGGCCGUCCGAUCGUUAAUGGGGAAAUGGAUUCCGCUGGUCCACCUGGCGAAAGGCAGGUUCCAACUGUUAGCUCUUGGCCCCCAACCCAAGAGAACCACGACGGCUUGGAAUGCAGUUCAUUCACAGCCCAGAAAUUGGUAUGGAGCUCCCCGAGUUCGAAUAGUUGAUUUGAUCCUAAUCAUUCGGGAGGGCAGCAACACGCAUCGCCUGACCACCUGCAUAUCACAAAUCGACGCUUCUUUAUCGGGCCAUUACCUAAGGGCUGGGGACAAAAUCGUCGAAGAAAUUGCCGACACAUCUGUCGGGUACCAACGUCAAUCCACUCAGUUCAUGGGCGCAUCUGCUCUUACAAGAUUCCGACCGAGCUUCCCACAGCCCGAUGAUGUUGAGGCGGAAGACGAAGACAGCCAAACUCUACAAGAGCCUGUAGGGAACGAUAGAACUGCCGGAGAAUCUUCGGGGGGCGGCCGUGUGGACCCCAGGAUAAUCAAAUCUAUAGAUGUUGCUCGAGAGGUCCAACGUCAGGAUGAGGAUGCCGAGGAUGUGGCACACUAUGGACUUUCUCAUCCAAAUAUAAAGCGCAUACAAGGCCAAUCGAGGCCUCGAAAUAGCCCUAUUGCAACAAAUUCUAGCCCCGUUGUACGCAUGUCAUCAGAUGACAAUGUCCCCGAAGCUUACUUCACCGCUCCCGACAUCGAAACCCAAUCAACCAGACCCGAAGUCGACACUCUAGCAGGAACGAAAACCAAAUCGCAAGAACUAAGGAAUCCUGAAGGUGGCGAAUUUCCAAGUUCCUCUUCAUUGCCAUAUAGAAAUAGCUAUGCAACCACUACUGGUGCAUCGGCUAUAUCAACUGCUGAUGGUGCAGUAGUAGGAAUUGACACUGGGUCACAAUCAUCCUUAAUAUCUCAUAAUAAGCAGCCAUCUGCUACCUCGGGUCGCCGUAGGAAGAUAAAAACCCAGUCGCAAGAAUUGCAACCUCAAGAACCCCGUGGAGAAAUCGAUCAGACCGAAGCCGAAUUGGCUAACUCCCAACAAGAUCAUGGACUUAUUGGGCGUGUUAUUUCCGACAGAGUUCGCUUUGGGGUAGAAGAGAGGCUUGACCAUGGGCAGCGUCGGCUACAGGGCCAUUUGGGCCUAUCUAGCGACUCUAGGUCAAGUAGAAGACAAAAACGCCAAGCUCGCCAAAAUGGAGAGGUCCUAAGAGCAGAGAAGAUGUUGGUUCGUAUUGACGUUACAGCACAAACAGUACCCAAUUUUUAUAAUGAUAAUGCUAGCCUCAAGAUAGAGACACGACCAGUGGAAAAUUGGAGGGAAUAUCUUGUUGUUUGCCGGCAAGGUUACGAUGAACAAACUCCAUAUCUUCUUCAAUUCUACAAAACACGCGUGAUACCACAGAUCCAAGGUACCAAAAUGAAGAAGAAAUAUGUUCAUGAAGUGAGGCUUAUCCAAGGGCAGGCCAAUGUAAACCUCUUUUCCUCCCUGGAUAAGACAGUUGUUGUCUGGCACCCUACUAAGACGAAUGGUACUCGUAUAUUCAUUAUGAGGGCCCGGGCUGCCGCACAUUCAGUGGAAUGGUAUACCUUCAUCCGGAAGACUUUGGGCUGGAAACAACCCUCUAGCUUAUUUGUUCACGCCCCUGACCUUGGUGUCUCUCUUGUUCUACAAAAUCCUUUUGUACACCUUGCAAAAGAUAAAUACGACGAGAAUGAAGGUUCUCUUAAUACAAUGGGCGAAGAACAGGCAGUGUCUACUGGAAUAAUACGUACCUGUAUGGAAUCACUGUCUGAAUGUGCUGAGUGGUCCCAGAUUCUUGAUGUCUGGAAGAGAUCCGAAAAAGUUGGAUUAGCAUGGAGGCGGUAUGACCGAAUAGAGUGGAUUCAGGGAGGAAAUGAAGAGAGAAUGUAUGGAACGAUGGCAAUGAGAACUUCACAUGACUUGGAGCUACGCCCGAAACGGCAUUAUCCAACCUACACUGCCGUGGAAUCAUGCGAAGCACCGAUGGAAGAGCCCUCCCCAAUUGAAGGGUUCUUGAUUCUCCUCACAUCCCAACAAGGUACCCACCGACGUUGGGGCAAGGAUUUCUCUAAACGCCUAUAUUUUUACAGUGAAGACCAAUACCUUUGCUUCUGCAAACCAACAAAGGCAUCUACUCCCCACGCUCCGAAGCUUCCCACUGUACUCAACACCCAUUCUUCUACGGCUUCUGAAACUAUUAGGGGCUCACCAGUUAUGUACGAAGUUGACCCAUAUCCGGUUCAAGAUGGAAAGAUUUCAUGGUUAUGCAGCGGCAAUAACAACAAGUCAUACGCUAAGUACCGUGAUCAGAUUGCGUUCGCAGAAAAUCGACGUAAUACCAACAACCUUAGCCAAGCAGAAGGUUAUGUCAAUCUGUGCCGAGUGUCUGAAAUAAAGGCUUUGUCGAACGUAGAAAAUAUGGAACAUCAGAAUAAUAAUGAUGAUAAUUCUGGUGAAACCCGGGGCCAGGUCAGAAACAGCCAUGUCAACGGUAGUUUCUCGGGUACUGCCAGUGACAAUAUCUUUGAGCUUAUACUUGACGAUGGAAUGGUGGUUAGAUUGCGAGCGUAUAACAAUCGAACCCGUGAUGCUUGGAUUUGCAGGAUGGGCCAAUUGGCUACAUACUGGAAGUCUCGGACGAAGGCCGAUAUCAAUACCUUGAAAUCAGUUCGGCAGCACAAUUUGGAAAGGCUUGAUAUAGAUGAAGAGCAGGAGUCAGUUAUUGGACAGUUUGCACAAAAGUGGGAGGUAGCACGGGCAGAGGCCUCUCCUGAGCUGUUUAAUGUUUGUGGCCCCUCUGGAUGCCGGGCAAUCAAGUCAGACAUUUAA